CAGAAACACCAAAAAAAAAUGACUGCUCUACAUUUGGCCUCUGCCAAGGGCCAUGCAGAAGUGGUGAGACUCCUGGUGAAUAGAAAGUGCCAACUUAACAGGCAUGACAACAAAAGGAGGACAGCUCUGAUAAAGGCCGUCCAAUGCCAGGAGGAGGAAUGUGUGACCGUUCUGCUGAGAGGUGGUGCCGAUCCAAACUUUCAAGAUGUGUAUGGCAACGCUGCUCUUCACUAUGCUGCCUAUCACCAGAACGUACCAAUAGCAGAAAAACUGCUUUCAGGCGGUGCAUAUAUUGACCCAAAAAACAAGACAACUUGUCACCUCUUUGAAACCUAAAGGUUGUUCUUAAGAAUAGCCUCCAGGCCCCGCAUUCCAGUGGAUUAGU